AUGGAUCACAUGAGAGUUCUUGAAUUUAUACCAAGCGCAAACUCUCAAAGAUGAAACCUCUUAGGGAUGGGAAGGAAAAUAAAAAGAAGACGAAAAAAUUUAAGAAAGUUAAAACAAACUCUCAAAGCCAGAAAGAAGUGGAAUCAUUGACAGAAUGGGAUAUGUUAA